ACACAAAUGCCAUCCAAGAACUCGCCGUUUCCAAGCAGAUAAAACAUCAAAACUCUUAACAGUCCAACACACACAAAAAUGGCCAUUAACACUUGCCUUCGAUCUUUUCUUCUCAGCACUACUCAAAGACCUUUCACUUCCUCUUUCUUCACAAAAAAACUAUCACUCCCCACUUACCUUUUUCUCCCCAAUAGCCGUUCCAAACACAAUUUUACCCAAAAUCACCCCUUUUGUUCUAUCUCACCAUUAACAACACCUCAAGAAGAAUCUCAACAACCCGAAUCUUCCCCUAACCCCACCCGUAAAACCCGACCCGAUAGUAAUAUCCUACACAUUCUUGAACAAAGAGGGUUGCUAGAAUCAGUAACUAGCGACUCACUUCGCGACCCGAAUUUAGGCCCAUUAAAAGUGUAUUGCGGGUUUGACCCGACUGCAGAAAGUUUACAUCUUGGAAACUUGUUGGGUUUAAUUGUACUUUCUUGGUUUUUACGUUGUGGUCAUAAUGCUGUUGCACUUAUUGGUGGCGCAACGGGUCGGGUCGGUGACCCGUCUGGUAAGAGUUUGGAGCGACCCGAACUUGAUUUAGUUACACUUGACAAGAAUAUAAACGGGAUUAGUGUGAUUAUUAGUAAGAUUUUGGGAUGCACAGAAGGUGUUUGUGAAAAUGCUUCAAAGGUUGAGAUUUUGAAUAAUUAUGAUUGGUGGAAAGAUGUUAAGUUUUUGGAGUUUUUAAGGAAUGUUGGUAGGUUUGCUAGAGUUGGUACUAUGAUGUCUAAAGAAAGUGUGAAGAAAAGAUUGGAAAAUAGUGAGCAAGGAAUGAGUUAUGCUGAGUUUACUUAUCAGCUUUUACAAGGUUAUGAUUUUGUACAUUUGUAUGAAAAUGAAGGUGUUAAUGUGCAAAUUGGUGGUAGUGAUCAAUGGGGUAAUAUUACUGCUGGUACUGAUCUUAUUCGUCGUAUUUUAGGAAAAUCUACCGAAAAUGGAAAUGUUGGUAAUGUUCCAGUUGUUUUCGGGGUUACUUUUCCGUUGCUUUUGAAGAGUGAUGGUACUAAGUUUGGAAAAUCGGAAGAUGGUGCGAUUUGGUUAUCGCCUUCUCUUUUAUCGCCGUAUAAGUUUUAUCAGUACUUUUUUUCGGUCUCGGAUGAUGAUGUAGUGAGGUUUCUAAAGAUACUUACUUUUUUGAGCAUUGAAGAGAUUGAUGAGCUGGAGAAGGAUAUGGGAAAACCUGGAUAUGUUCCUAAUACAGCUCAGCGUAGGUUAGCCGAGGAGGUUACACGGUUUGUUCAUGGACAAGAGGGAUUGGAAGAGGCACUUAAGGCUACAGAGGCGUUGAAGCCUGGAAAUUCUGAUACUAAAUUGGAUUGGAAAACAAUUGAGGGUAUUGCAGCUGAUGUUCCUUCUUGUUCCAUGAAUUAUGAUCAGGUGUUGAAUAUACCGGUUUUGGAUCUUUAUGUUUCGAGUGGUUUGCUCGAGAGCAAAUCAGCUGCACGACGAAUGCUUAAGCAAGGGGGACUUUACUUGAAUAAUGCAAAAGUUGAUAGUGAGAGUAAGAAGAUCGAGGCGGAUGACGUUGUCGAUGACAAAGUUAUCCUUUUGUCUGCAGGGAAAAAGAACAAGAUGGUUGUAAGAAUAUCCUAACGUAUUUGUCUAAAUUUAUCCCCACUAUUUGGGUUUGAGGAAUAGUUGUUUUUGACUCGUGUGUAGAUGGCAAUUCUAAUAUUAGCAUUCUGAGUUGGAUGAGAUACAGAGUUUUACCUGAUAUGCUUAUGAUAGAACGAGAGGAAGAUGGUUAAGUGUUGAGAGGAAAGUGAGAAUAUCUAUAUUACCACAACAGAAAUUUUUUACUCUUCUCUUGGUAUUUUUAUGUAAUUAUUUUGAAAAAUAAUGGUCUUAACGGAAGACAAAUUUGAGUUAUACAAGCUUUAUGAAUUACUUGUA